AUGACCGAGCGUAGUGGAAGCUCCGGUAAGCACUGUCCAAUCGACUACAACACCCGAUCUGAUUGUGUAGACAACUCGGAGCAUUCGCCACCCAAGGCGAGCAUCGAGCAUGUCGAACAUAUUCAGACCGACGAGCGCGUGCAGGGCCAUGCAAAUUACUACGAGAAGGAUGGCGUCAGGACCUACGGCGAUGGCGAGGACCACGACCACGAGCCCCCCAUGAAUUUCAAGCGCAUGAUGGCUCUGGUCGCCAUGGCGUUUUUGUGGACUGGAAGUCAGAUACCCGUGUACCUUUUCGGCGGCAUUCCUCCGUACAUCUACGGAGAUAUCGGCGGCACCGACCGAUGGAUCUGGUUCGUGCUAGCCAAUCUGCUGUCGCUGGCGGCUGUCUGUCCAUUCGUGGGUUCCAUCUCGGAUAUAGUAGGGCGACGCUGGGUAGCCAUCAUCGGUGCCUGCUUCCUCAUCCUCGGCAUGAUCGUCUGCUCGACGGCACACACCAUGAACGUCUUCAUUGCCGGCAUGGUAUUCUCUGGUAUUGGCGCUGGCAUCAACGAGCUCACGGCGCUAGCCGUGACUUCGGAGCUUGCGCCGACCAGCCAGCGCGGCAAGUAUGUUGCAGUGCUGAUCUUCACCAUCAUUCCGUUCUGCCCGUCGGUCCUGUGGGCGCAGCUGAUAGCCUCACACUCGAGCUGGAGGUGGAUUGGUGUCUGGUGCGGUCUCUGGGCUUUGGUUGGCCUUGUGCUGACGGUGAUUUUCUAUCACCCGCCUCCACGGGUGAACACCGUGGGGAUGAACCGAAAGCAAGUGCUGGCGGAGAUUGACUAUGUUGGUGGUUUGCUCUCGGUUUCGGGCAUGAUUCUAUUCAUGGCAGGCAUGCAGUGGGGCGGCUACCAGUACCCUUGGUCCAGUGCGCACGUCCUCGUACCUUUGAUCCUCGGUGCUGUCUUGAUCGUUGCAUUCGUCGUAUGGGAAGCCAGGUGGGCAAAGCACCCCAUGUUCCCGAAGCGACUGCGUCAAGAACCUCGCAUUCUCGGUCUGACCCUGGUCAUCACGUUCAUUUCGGGCGCGAACUUCUUCUCCAUCCUCAUGUUCUGGCCUACUCAGGCAUUUAACGUGUACGGACACGAUCCUGUGGGCGUCGGGCUUCGAGGAAUCCCUGUCGGUUUCUCCAUCCUGGCAGGAGCUUGUAUUGUCCUGUGGCUGCUCUCGGUUCUUCGAGGUCACAACAAGGAGUUGCUGAUCGUGUCGUCGAUCUUGAUGACCGCUGGAUGCGGAGCACUUUCUGUCGGUCGAGUUGACAACCUCCAUCAGCUUUGGGGCCUCUUGGUCCUGGCCGGACUCGGGAUCGGAGGCAUCGUGGUUCCUGCUUCAAUCAUCUCCACUAUCAUCUGCCCAGACGAUCUCAUUGCGACUGUCGCCGCGCUUACCUUGGCCAUACGUGUCAUUGGCGGAUCGGUUGGAUAUUGUGUUUAUUACAAUGUCUUCUUAUCAAAAUUUACUCCCCAGGCCACGCAUUAUAUUGGAGGCGUCAUGGUGACCAAGCUCAACAUCACCUCUCCCAAGAUCAUCGAGGAAGCCAUCAUCAUCACCGGUGCGUCACUGCUUCCACUGCUCGAGGAGCUCCCGGGGAUCAAAGGUGUCCCAGGCGCUUAUGAAGCGGUGGUAUUUGCAGGUCAGCUGGCGUACGCCGAGGCGUACAAGUAUGUGUACUUCGUGAGUAUCGCCUUUGGCGGAGUUGGCAUUAUAGCGGCGUGCUUUCUGGGUGACAUUUCGAAGUACAUGGACGACCACGUAGCUGUUUCGUAUCACUAG